AUGGUCGCUGCUCCCAAGUCCGCGUCGGCGCACGGUGCAAAGGCACAGAAGUUCACCAUCGAUUUCUCCAAGCCAGCCAACGACAAGAUCUUCGAUGGCGCUGCGUUUGAAAAGUUCCUGCACGACCGCAUCAAGGUCGACGGACGGACAGGUCAGCUAGGCGAAAAGAUCAAGAUCGCUCGUGAGGGUGAAACAAAGAUUGUCAUCACUGCCAACAUUGCCUUUUCGAAGCGAUACCUGAAGAUGCUGACAAAGAAGUAUCUCAAGAAGAACAGCUUGCGAGAGUGGCUCCGAGUCGUCGCGACCAACAAGAACACCUACACGCUCAAACGAGCACUGUCUGUUUGCUCGCAGCGACCUGACCUGUUGUGCAACAAAGUGCUUGGAUUGCACGCUUCAAAAGCCAAAAGUUCAAAAAGCUGCAUGUGA